UCACAUACUUGUCAUUUAAUAACCCUAACCUCACUUAAAAAUUUUGGUAAACAAACUUUUUUAUUUUUUAUCUUUAUACCCUCUUUUUUAAUAUAGCAUGAAAUAUGUAUACAAGAAAUGAUAAUUAUAAGAAAAUUAUGAUAAAUAAUAAUUAAAAAGAUCCUUUAGAAUGUCUUAUCAGCCCCAGAACAGCAAAAUGUUCCCAUCAAAUCAUAAAACAGUCUUUGUGUUAGACCAUACUCCAUAUUUUGGAAUUUCCUGUGAGAAUCCAAUAGAAUUUGAGUUUCUUAAGGGAAGAACACCAUUCUCACCGAUAUCUCCUAUUUCUAAGACACUUUGGACUUCUAGUGUAGAAAGUGCUAUAGAAUAUUGCAGAAUUGUAUGGGAUUUAUUUCCUACAGGCAAGUUGGUAAGAUUUUUUGCAAGUGACACAGUUGCCCACAUAUUAAACACAUGGAGUACCAUGCAGCAAUCUGUAAGCCAUAUAAUGAAUGGUUGUGCCCUUAUUGGCAUCCCGCCUUCUCCCCCUCCACUAAGAUCUACGCCCACUCCUGACUAUACAGUUCUCCACGGUUUGAGAGCUGCGAUAGAAGGCCUUUGCGAACCGACCGAGCUGCAACUUGAAAAAUGGAAGGGAAAAGAGUCCAUUAAAGUUAUUAAUAGAUGCAGGGUUAUAUGCAUUACAUCAGCAAGAGAUAAUGAGAGCAUGAAUAGGUUGGAGGAGAUAUUUUUGUCAGUGCUGAUACAGCAGAAUAAGACCGUGGCUGGAAAAGAAAAUUUGUUGCCGAUAAGCCAUUGUCAUCUAGUAAUAAUUAAUACUUUUCCAGUAAAUAUUGAAUCCUCGGUAAACAAUCACCCUCCGAAAAUACUUUCACCUUUACUGACCACAGAAGUGCACUCAAUUAAGGCCCCGCUAAUCCCUAAUAAAUUAUCUUCUUUAAUAUUGGAACAUUAUGAUCUUGCUAGCACUUCAGUAACUGGUAUACCAAUGAAAGAAGAACAAAAUGCCAGUUCGUCAGCCAACUACGACGUCGAAAUAUUUCAUGCGAGUUCAGCUCACACGGCCAUUCUGAAAGGUAACGCAUCUGAUGCUUCCGCAAUAAGAACUAUUAAGGAAGGACUGGAAUACGAGACUGUGACCCUAAAAUGGUGUACUCCAAGAGGCGUAACCGGAAAUGAGCUUCAAAAUUGUACCUCAAUGCAUCGCAUUACUCCAGUAGACGUAAAUUCCAGACCAUCUCUGUGCUUAAUCAACUUUUUACUCAAUGGUAGAUCGGUUAUGUUGGAAAUGCCCAGAAAAGCCGGUGGAAAAAUCACCAGUCAUUUAUUGGCUGCACAUGGAGGAGAGAUUUUUAUACAUACAUUAUGUACUGCCAGGUCUGUUCUUGAAGAUCCUCCAUCGAUAUCUGAAGGUUGCGGUGGCAGAGUGACAGAUUACCGGAUCCCAGACUUUGGAAUGUUAAUAAAGCAAAACACUUUGGUGCCUGUAAAGGUGAAAGGUGAUGCAGAUCGGCCGAGGCCUCUAGAGAAAGUGAAAGAAAGACUCAACAGGCAAACCAAGUACUGGCCCUUAACGAUCAGUUCUACAUUAAUAUUCAAUUUGAGACAGCAUAUAGAUCCUUUACCGGCCCUUAUAACUAAAGAGAAACUUACUGAAGAGGAAGUUUUCGUAUGCCAAAAUGUUAUUUACAAUUUAAUAUCUCUCGAAUCGAAGAUGGAGCCUUUGCACCCUCAAAACUCCGGACAAAGAUUAAAAGGACAAAAACGAGAGGAGCAAUAUAAGGCUGUUUGGAGUGAACUCGAUAACUUUAUCAAACAGAAUCUUCAUUCCGAAAAUCACAAGGUACUUUAUCAAGUCUUUUUGGAGUGCACUAAGGGAGGCUUUGAAGAAAAAUCGGCUGAAAAAGUUGAUUUAGAUGAAGCGCUGAACCAGUUAGACAAUAUUGGUCCUCAAAAAGACGAAAACGUUCAAAGGGCAUCAGUGAUAAGGGCGACCACUGACAGUCCGAUGUCACCUCCACCGCUGGCCAACAUAACUCCGCCAUUUUCACGCCAGAAUUCAAACAAGGGCACAAAAUCGCUUUUUGAGAUUUUUGCAAAUGUACAGGAAAAGAACAAAAGUCGUCCUGAAUUUGCUGGCAGACAGGGCGACAGUCUAGUGGCGAAACUGUAUCCAAAUAUAAAAAAAGAGGACAGGGGCCCGAGAGGAGAAGGAGGAAUGGAAAUUGUAGAGUAAACAGUAUUAGGAUAAGAUAACACUUUUUUAUGUAUUGUAAAUAAAAGCUUAAUUGUUCGAAUA